GCACACCGCGACUAAAACAAACAAUGCUCGUACGUCAUCAGCACACAUUGGUACACUCGCGUGGCCGGGCGACCGGCCACUCCGCAACUUGCCUUCGCGCGCGAGUACAUCGCAGGCGCGCAAGCACAGUCGCGAGCGCAGACGCAUCGUCUAAUUCACCUUGGGGAGAGCCCGUCCUCGUCGCGGGGGCGGGCAUUGCUGGCUUAGCGGUCGCCGUGGCGCUGCACAAGGUCGGCGUGCCGGUGCGGGUGUACGAGCGGGGCCCGGGGCUGCGGCAGGAGGGGGCGGCCAUUGGGCUGUGGUCCAACGCCUGGCGGGCGCUGGAGGAGCUGGGGGCGGCGGAGGCGCUGCGGCCGGGACACCUGCUGCUCAACAGGGUAGAGCUGUGCUCGGCCCAGGGCGAGGUGCUGCGGGGCUUUGACUUCGCUGAGUGCGAUGUGGGGCCCACCGGCCUGGAGUUCCGCGGCGUGCGGCGGGCGGCGCUGCUGCAGGCUCUGUACGACCGACUGCCGCCGGACGUGGUGUGUUUUGACACGGGCGUGGAAGAGGUGCUGGGGGAGCAGGGGGCAGCAAGCACCGGCGGCGGCGGCGGAGGCGUAACGGUGCGCCUCGCUGAUGGGCGAACAGUACGGGGCAGCUGCCUGGUGGGCGCGGACGGCGUGCGCUCGGCAGUGGCCAGGCACCUGCAGCUGCCAGCCGCCAACUAUGGUGGCUAUGUGGCACUCAGAGGCGUCGCCGAGUUCCCCUCGCCCGCCUCCUCCUCCCCCUCCUCGCCCUCUUCCCCAUCCACCUCUACCCCCGCGGGCGGGCCGGGUCUGCCGCUUAACACCAUCCGUCAGAUCUGGGGCGCGGGCACACGCGCGGGUCUGUACCCUUUGUCUCCCAGCUCCUACUACUGGUACACUUGCUUCAACGCAGACGAGGCCGCUGCGGAGGCGCCGCCGGCUACGCCUGAGGCGCGGCAGGCGGUCGCGUUGGCGGCGGUGAAGGGCUGGGCCUGGAGUGUGGAGGAGUGCAUUCGUCGCACACCGCCCGAGGACAUCACGUGGAGCCGCAUCUCCGACCGGUGGACGGCGGGCGCGUUCGGUCGGGGCGUGGUGACACUGGCGGGCGAUGCGGCACACCCCAUGACACCCAACCUGGGUCAGGGUGGCUGUGUGGCGCUGGAGGAUGCGGUUGUGCUGGGCCGCAGCCUGGGGCAGCUGGCGGCGGCGGCGGGGCAGCGCGGGCAAGCGGCGGCGGCGCCGCCAGCGGCAGGCGCGGUGGCGGCGGCGCUGCGGGCGUAUGAGGCGGAGCGCUCGCGGCGCUGCCUGCCGCUGACCGUGCGCUCCAACCUGAUGGGGCAGGCGCUGCAGAUCCCGCUGGCCCCGGUGGUGGCGGUGCGCAACGCCUUUGUCAAGGCCGCCUUUCAGCCCGGACAUUUCCUCGACCACACCGCAUACGACUGCGGUCGCCUGCAGCAGUAGCAGCAGUGCUGGCAGUAGCUGGUUUUGGUUUUGUCGUAGGACCAUGUGGAUGGUGCGUGUCGCCCGUCCUCAGGCCGGCUGUGCCUUAUCACCUGGUCCUGUACGGACUGUUCUGGGUUGGACCCUUGUGCUCAUAGCUUAGCAACGUUGAUGCGUACGAUGGGGCUUUUAUGCUGGUCUCAACGUGCUUAGCUUCGAUUCAUCA